CGGCCAUGGAGGGAGUCGGCGCCUUGCUGGCCGGUUACCCUACCGCCGGCCUGGCUGGGGGCUUGGGGGUGACCGUGUGCGCCGCCGGGGGACUACUGCUGUACAAAAUCGCCCGCAGGAAGAAACCCACACACAUGACUGUGAACUGUUGGUUCUGUAACCAAGACACUGUAGUGCCGUAUGGCAACCGCAACUGCUGGGAUUGCCCCAACUGUGAGCAAUAUAAUGGCUUCCAAGAGAACGGAGAUUACAACAAGCCCAUUCCGGCGCAGUACAUGGAACACCUGAACCACGUCGUCUCCGGGGCCAGUGCCUUCUAUGACCCGACGAAGCCCCAGCAGUGGGUCAGCAGCCAAGUCCUCCUUUGCAGGAAGUGUAACAACCACCAGACUGUGAAGAUCAAGCAGCUGGCUUCCUUUACACCCAGGGAGGAGGGCAAAUACGACGAAGAGAUCGAGGUGUACAAGCACCACCUGGAGCAGACCUAUAAGCUGUGCCGCCCGUGCCAAGCCGCGGUGGAAUACUACAUCAAGCACCAGAACCGUCAGCUCCGUGCCCUCCUGCUCCGCCAACACUUCAGCCACCGGAAGACGGACAAGACCUACAUGCAGAGUUUCUACGCUGCGGCGUCUGCCUCCGCCACCACACCGAAGCAGGUCAUUGCGCUGCGCUUCUUGGCCUUCCUCAGCUGCGCCGUCCUCGUGGCGAUGGCCUUGUACGGGUCGGGCAACCCCUUCUCCCCGGGGCCCGCCAGCCCUCCUGCUCCGGCGAGUCCGGGGCCCGCCAAGAACGGGACCGGAACACCACCUACACCACCUUCCAAUAACGACACUCUGCUGGACUUCUUCGGCUGGCAAGAGGUGGUCCAGCUGUUGCCGGAGCAAGCCUUGGAGACGCUGGGAGACGCCUGGUCCUACGGGAAGAACCACCAGACGGCCGUGGUGGUCCUCGGCCUCCUGACGUGUUUUCUAGCCAUGCUGUUGGCGGGACGGAUCAGGCUCCGGCGGAUCGACGCCUUCGCCUCCGUCCUCUGGCUUGUGGUGAUGGGCCUCCACCUGGCGGAGAAGUACCUGCAGGCCGACACCCCCAGCUGGCUGGACACGGCCAAGUUCUCCACCACCGCCCUGUGCUGCCUCGUGGGCUUCGCCGCGGCCGUGGCCACGCGGAAACCGACGGGCCAGCGGAGACCCCGGCCCCGAAGGUACCUCUCCGGGGACUCCAUUGCAGUCUUCACCCAUGGUCCGGAAUUGGGUUUCCCUUAUCCGCCUCCUCCUCCAUCCGUGUUCAUCCCAACCCCUCCCAGCGUGCUCCAGUUGACGAAACAGCAGUUCUUCCGCUCCCCACGGCGAACGUCGUCCUCGUCUCUGCCCGGACGGCUGAACCGGGCCCUCUCCUUGGGCACUAUCCCUUCUCUGGCUAGGACUGAUUCUGGCUACUUGUUCAGCGGAAGUCGGCCCCCAUCCCAGACGUCUCUUUCCAAGGAGUCGCCCGCGUCGGAAUAUUUCUCCUUCCUUUCUGGGAGCUGCGUCCCCUCGCCUGUGCCAUCACCGGCACCGUCUGUGGCCGGAUCGGUUGCCUCCAGCUCCGGUUCGCUGCGUUACCGCCGGCCUCUCAUCAGUCCUGCGCGCCUCAACCUGAAAGGCCAACGGCUGAUGCUCUUCCCGGCGCAGAGCGAGGCCCAGCACGGGGAAGACCUCGCCCACUCGGAAAAUGCCGUUUUCGCCUCGGAGCUGCCCGCAUUUGCAAAACGGAACCUCGGCGAUCCGGGGUCGCGGGAUACGCGCUUCGUGGUCGAAGCGGGAAGCAUUUGCAGCAACGCCUCCAUUAAGAAAGGGGACCAUUCGUCGCACUCGUCCAGCUGUGUGGUGGACACCACGACGAAAGGGGAGGAGCCGACGGGCUGGAGAGGCUGCUUGGGUCGCUCAUCUCUCCGAGGUCUCCUGGCCGUGAGCCUGACGGUCAACGCCAUCUUCACGUCGGCUUACCUCUACCAAAACCUGUGCUGAGCCACGUCUCCGGGGCGGUGGUGAAUCCCCCCCCUUCCUCUUCUUCAUCUCCGUCUCAGCCGCCACGCUCUUUUCUUCCAAAGACCCCGAGAGAGCAGUCCCGAGACGAGAAGGACUCCGCCGACUGCAUCUCCGUGGCUACGGGCCUACGCUGCUUUCCACCGCUACGUCGGCCUGUCAGACGACUUCCGACUGCUCUUCCCCGCACAGGACUCCGUCUUCUCCCUAUUGACCUUGCCGCUAUCUGCGAGCAGAACGCUUUAGAAACAACGAAUCGAUCGAGGGAACUAGCGUGACCGUUGGUGGGAGACGAGAGAUAUCUAGCCAGAGCGGAGCUUUUCCAGUUCGUUGUACCUUUUCCCCGUAGUUGUACAGAACCGGUUUGCGGGAGAGGUUUGGUGAAGUUGUCGCGCCAGACUCGGGUCCUGCCCUUGGGUGCUUUUCCUCACUUGCCGCCAACAAAACCCUUCUUGAAUUCUGAUCCGUGGGAAGAACUGGGACAUUUAGUUGCUGUUCCUUGAUAAUCCCGCUCUAUUUUGCUUCCGGCCUUGUUAGCCCUGAUGAAAGCUCUUCACUGUGUGUCUCUUUGGGAGAAACCGAGAGAAACGUCUGUGUUGACGUGGGGUACUCCGUGGCGCCUACUCUCUCGCCGUGGACACCUUAAACCACUUGCCCUCUGGUUCAUUUCCGGUGCCGAAGGAACCCCCAUUUAGACCCCCGUUGCUGUACGUCGGAAACCCAUUUGCGAAGUUUUGUUAAUGAAUUGUGUUUCUUUUUUUAAAAAAAAAAUAACGAUCCAAUAUUGCAACUCCAUUUUACCUUGCCAAGAGGCGCCAUUUCUACUGUAAACAAGACGUUCCGUUGUCACUGGGAUACAUGACGGCUGAUCCGGGUAGCUUUCUGAGAACAUUUCUCUUCAACAUGCUGUCCUGGAAACGCUGCAGCCGGGACUGAGAGGGUGUACGUGACUUUGGUGGCUAGAAAUUAGUUUCUGCAUUGCUCCAGAGGCCUCUCUCCACCAGCCUGGAACAUUUGGGGCAGGGGAAUCUCUUAGCGCAAAACCACAACUUCUGUUUCCUUCCCUGCUUAAGUAGCCAAAACCUGAGCUAUAGGUCAGCUGAAGAAAUCCUGCAUAUGUUUGAAAACUCAAAAACCUGGUGCUCACCGAAGGGGGUCGACCUGUGUUGGGACUGUACCACUCCAGACCAUUAGGUGAAGGGGCUUACCUGACUCGAAAAUAAUAAUCCCUGCAUCUAGAAAGCUAGCAGUUUGGGGAAGAGGCAAGGCUAGAACGCUUCUUUCUCUAGUUUUCUGCAUGCGGGGAUUUUUCAUUUUUUUAUAUAUAAAGGACCAUUCAGUUGGUUAUGCUCCUCUACCUGCAGUCUGAAAUGGUAGAGUCCCAACACGGUUUGGCCGCCUCCACCUGCUGUUCUUUGUUACUAAGGUCAUAGGUGCUACUUCCAAAGAUUUCCCCCACGUUUCCCCAAACGGUAAUUCUCGAUACGGACCUAGUUCUGCCCCUGGUGUACCAUUUUUUUGUAGGCAUCCAACAUCACCAGUCAACCUGGAUGGAAACUUGACUUUAACUCUGAGAAAUUUCCCCCUGCGGAACAAUUAAUUUUGUUUCUUUUUUUAAAAAAAACAACCCAUUCAAACAGGUUGCAGUGUAAAUUUAGCCGCCGUGGGGCAGGGGCAGGAAGCCACGACGGCGGCCAUCUUGAACGCAUUUUCUAUCCCGAAAGCGGCAAGGGAGACUUCCUGGUUGCUAGGCAACUGCCAUGUGCUCCCCUCUCUCCCACACCUCGGCCAUUUUGAGCCGCCAUUUUGUCUGCCCAGGUAGAUAGCUUGGCAAUGCAAUUCUAACGUGUUGUAAUCGCUGUAUUCUUCUCUGUGGGUUGAUAACCUAUUCAGAGUUAAAAGACCUCAAGAUCCCAGCCAGCACUUCACCCACUAUCCCCCUCUUAAGUAUUUCACCUCAUUUUCCUUGUUUUCCCACCGUAAUUUCUCCCACCUCGCCACAUGCACUUUUGACACCCUCAGAAUAUCUCUUGACACCUGCAUAUUGUUUUUCAAUAAGCUUAGUAACCACUUGCUUAUACUGUUUUUGCACUCGUGGGCCACUUACAGCCCUCCAGAUGUGUUGACCUACAACUCCAGGGACUUGUAGGGCAAAAAAAAUCCGAGUUGCCCGCCCUGGCAUAGACUAAAAACGGAAGAUGUGGUUUUGUUUCUUUUUGUUUGCUUUAUGUGAAUUGAAAAUGGUUUGUGUGACACUUUGCUUUCUGUGAUGCUCCCACGCUG